AUGGCAGAAGAAUACUCGGGCGGAAGCCCAGAAGCCGAUCACCUCGUCGUGCUCGUGCACGGGCUAUGGGGAAAUCCCAACCACAUGGCGUCUGUCGCCAAAGCCCUACGAGCACAAUACCCCCCCGAGCAGGUCUACAUCCUCCUCGCAAAACGCAACAGCGGGUCUUUCACGUAUGAUGGCAUCGAACUUGGCGGCGAGCGCGUGUGUGUCGAGAUCGAGGAGGAGCUGGAAGUGAUCAAGAGCAAAGGGGGCAACAUCAAAAAAAUCAGCAUCGUGGGGUAUUCCCUUGGUGGGCUUGUCGCGAGGUAUGCGAUCGGCCUGCUCUUCGCGCGGGGCGUCCUAGACGGGCUCGAGUGCAUGAACUUCACGGCGUUCGCCAGCCCCUUCCUCGGCGUACGGACACCACUGCGCGGGUGGGCGAACCAGGUGUGGAACGUCCUAGGCGCGCGGACGCUCUGCAUGUCGGGCCGCCAGCUCUUCGGCAUCGACAAGUUCCGCGAUACGGGCAAACCCCUCAUCUCGGUGCUGGCCGACCCCAACUCCAUUUUCAUGUCCGGGCUCGCCAAGUUCAAGCGCCACACCCUCUACACCAACAUCACCAACGACCGCAGCGCCGUCUACUACACCACGGGCAUCACCAAAACCGACCCCUACACGGACCUCUCCAAAGUCACGGUGCGCUACCUCCCCGGCUGGGAGGACGUGAUCCUGGACCCGGCCGAACCCGUCUCGAGCACCCCACCACCGCCACCAAGCGAACCGGAAACCCUGCAGAUGAGCGUCGAGAAAUGGGCCAAGCGCGUGCCCUUCAUCGCGGCGCUGGCGCUGUUCAUCCCGCUCGGGGUGGUCGCCUUCCUGAUCAACUCGGCCAUCCAGACGGUGCGGUCGUCGCGGCGGGUGCGGCUGCACGAGCGCGGCCUGGCCGGCAUCCGCGUGCAGGACUUCCGCGUCAACCUGUGGAUUAAGGAGAUUCGCGAGGCGGUGGAAGACGCCUAUGAGAAUUUGAGCAGCUCCCAGAAUCAGGCGUAUCUGGUCGGUGAUGGUGAUGAUGAUGAUGGGUCGUUGUCGGGCUCGGGUUCGGCGGGGGAGGAUGAGGAGAAUGGGGAGCCGGAUGGGGAGGGGGGUGCGAGGAAGAUCCUCGCGCUGGAGCGGAAGCGGUCGCGCACGCAGGAGGGCGGGUUCCCGACGCUGGCGCUGGCGGGGUAUCAGUUUGCGGCGAUCGAGGCGCUGGAUAAGUUGGGGUGGAGGAAGUAUCCGGUGUGGAUUCACAAGCACCGCCAUAGCCAUGCGGCUAUCAUUGUGAGGACGGAGAAGGAGGGGAAAACGUCCAAGUAUUUCGACAACCCCCUCACGACAGUCGUCCCCCGCCGCUCGACCCGGUCCUCCACCCUCGCACGGUUCGCCUGGGCUGGCGCAAACGAGAGCUCCGCGGCAGGCCCUAGCAACAGUAAUGAUGGGCCGGAGGUGACACUGGGCUCCGACAUUGAAGAUGCCGUCAAGCCGAGGCCAGCGCGCAAGCGCAAGCGAACCGAGACAGUAACCCAGUCAACUCCUCGGCGAGUGUCAGCGAGAACGGCAAAGGUCGAAAUCAAAGCCGAGAUCAAGUCCGAGGCCAAGUCCAAGAUCAAGUCAGAAGAACCUCAGCUCCGACGACGAGAAGCCAGAAACCAAGCCCAAACCCCGCGGCCGCGUGCGCAAGCCCGCGCGCAAAAGAUGCGCCUCACGGGCGCCGCAGCCAACGCAGCGGUGGACACCAUGGGGUGCGAGCGGCUCGCCCUGCCCGGCGCCAGCGCCCGCGACCGGCGCUUCCACACGCUCGUCGCCUUGAUGCUGUCGAGCCAGACCAAGGACACGGUCAACGCCGCCGCCAUGGCCCGCCUGCAGAACGAGCUGCCGCCGCACACACCCGGAGCUCCGCCGGGCCUGAACCUGGAAAACAUGCUGGCCCGUCGACCCCGGCCGUGCUCCAACGAGCUGAUUCGGGAAGGUCGGUUUUUCGACAACAACAAGACAAAGGUAUGUAUAUACGGACCCCCUAGACCCCCCUCCCCUCCCCCACAAGCUGCCACUAACCCCCACCCUCCCUCCUCCUUACUAAACAGAUACCUCAAAACCACCGCGGCCCUCCUCCGCGACAACUUCAACUCGGACAUCCCGCCCACCAUCGCGGGGCUCACCUCCCUCCCCGGCGUCGGCCCCAAGAUGGCGCACCUCUGCAUGAGCGCGCCCAACGGGUGGAACCGGGUCGAGGGCAUCGGCGUCGACGUGCACGUGCACCGCAUCACCAACCUGUGGGGCUGGCAGGCGCCGGCCUCGCGCACCCCCGAGGAGACGCGCGCCGCGCUCGAAUCGUGGCUGCCGCGCGACCGCUGGAGGGAGAUUAAUUGGCUGCUGGUGGGGCUGGGGCAGUCGGUUUGUUUGCCGGUGGGCAGGAGGUGUGGGGAUUGUGAGGUGGGGUUGCGGGGGCUGUGUAAGAGUGCGGAUAGGGCGAAGGUGGCGGAGGGGAAGAGGAGGAGGGGGGAGGAUGGGGGGAAGGUGGAAGGGGGGGUGAAGACGGAGGUGAAGAGGGAGGAGGUGGUGGUGGAGGGGGAUGGGGGGACAGUGGGCGAGGUGAAAGAGGAGGUGAAGGAGACGGUGGAGGAGGAUGUGGAAAUGGAAGUGAAGAGGCAGGUGAAGGAGGAAGAAGAGUUGGGAGAGGAGAUGGAAGAGGAAGUGAAAGGGGAAGUGAAGGAGGAGGAUGUAAAGGAGGUGGAGGAAGAGGAGGUGAAGGACGAGGUUGUAAAGGUAGAGGGGGAGAGAGUAGUGGGAGCGAAAAAGGAAGAAAGCGAGGAGAAGACGGCGCUAGAAGUGAAAAAAGAAGAGGGAGAGGCGGCGGUCGACGAGGAUAAAGCGCGAUUGGGAAGCCCCCAGGUGAAGGAGGAGGAGCUAUAG